AUGAAUACAACGCUCGAUUUCUCAUAUAUUCCCAAUUUAAUUAUUGAUUCAGCUAUGAUAGCAAUGCUAGUUUCUCUCUUCAUAUCUUAUUUAACUCUUCCAUUUUACUUUUACGUUCACAAUCUGAAGAAGCAUAAGGAAAAAAAUUUACCAAUCGUCAAAUUCUUUUACAAAGCUGUGAAAUUAUCGUAUUUUGUGUUCAUCGUACUUGCUAUUGUAUUAUUUUUUUGUAUUUCACGUGAGAGCAACUCGACAAAAGCUCAUUUGGGUAUUCAGAAUGAUGAGAAUUUGAUGAAAAUUGUAGCUGUGUUCACUCUUUUUCUAAUUUAUAUUCUUCACAUUCUACAACAAACAUUCCAUUUAUUAUUGUUCUCGCUGGCAAUUAUGAGCUAUCUAAAAUACCAAUUUCCAUACGACUUUUUGUAUUCACAAAAUUAUAUAAGCAAGUAUGUCAGGAAUUUUAACGUGUUUUUCGUUCUAAAGGAUUUUGUAUGUAGUGCAAUAUUAGUUCUUCACUUUGAGAAAUUGUUGGGCAACGAGCUUAUGAAUAUCACAUCAGGUUUCUAUUUGGUUUUAUACAUUGCUGUGAACAUGUUCAUAUGCUUGCUAACCCCAUUUAUAAACAUUUCUAUCAUAACUGGUAUGAAGAAAAACCGACAUCUACAUUCCCAACAACACAUUUACAUACAAAAAUAUAUGUUUAUCCAGAGCAUCAUGGUUUUGUUUUUCAAAAUAAUUACUGUAACUAUAUCUAUUCCGAUUUUUUUUGACGAAGGCUCGGUUUUGUUCGUAAGCUCAAUGUCUAUUGUGGAUUUUAUGGCAAUGCCACUGGUUAUUCAGUUAUCGUAUUUGAGAUGUAAUUUGAACGAGCUUUAUAAUUUAUUUACGUCAUUUAAUUGUUGCAAGUUUCUGAAAAUUGUAUUUGGUAGAGUGGAUGCUACUGUGCAUCCAAUUUUGCCCCAUGUCGCUUUUUCAAUUACGUAAUUUUAUUUAUUACUAAAUACCCUUGCCGUCCAUUUCCCAUACAUUCACUAUUAUUCUUGGCCCGUAGAUCUAAAAGAUAAUUUAUAAAUAUAGUUCGACUCCUUGGGACCAACUCAAUUUCUCCACUGGAAUUCGAGUUGGAGCAGUUUAUCUUACUCGAAUAGAGUACCCGGCUAACUAUGUGUUAGUAACAUUUGUUCUCUCAACUGCUACUGUGGUAAUCUCUACAAAAUUUCAUAAGACUAAGAGAAUCAAUCCCUUCUUAGUUUCGAACCGGUUCUACAAACUUAGUCAGCACAAUUUCAACUAGAAAAUGGACAGCUGGCCGGAGAAAAGACGUGACCGAUAUUUUAUUUACGAAGUCUGUGUUGAUUUUAAUGUUGAGCAAUAAAACUGUUCUUGAUCA